AGACUGGUCUCAAAGAAGAAAGCUAAGAGACCUGAAUGUCAAGGAUGGUAUGUUUUUGCUGUGAAUUAGCUCAGAUCUCUGGACUGUAAUGGGCUAGCUGUGUCUCUGUGGAUCGUACAGAAUGAUGGCAGAUCCAGGGAAAUUGCGCUUGCGGAGAUCUUUCAGUGAACAUAUCAGGGUCUCUACCAACAAAGCAUGGGAUGUGUUCUGGAAGAGUGCACGAGAAAAACGCUUAUCAGAAAUUGAGGCCAAGGAAGCCUGUGAGUGGCUGAAGGCUGCUGGUUUCCCUCAGUAUGCUCAGAUGUUUGAAGAUAUGCAGUUCCCUAUUGACAUCAAAACUGUGAGGAAAGAUCAUGAAUUUUUAGAUCAAGAUGCAAUGGAUUCCUUAUACAGGCGGUUAAAUACAUUGAAUAAAUGUGCAACAAUGAAAGUGGAAAUAAAUCGGCAAAGGAAGCGGAGUGAUGAAUCUGAAGAGGAUGAACCCUGUGCACUAAGUAACAAAUGGGCUUAUGAAAAGUGUUCUCAGAGAUGGUCUCGUCUUGAUAGUUUAGAAGGUUUUGGAGCUUCAGUUGCUGACAGUUUGAGGCUUAAGAGUAUUGGCACUGGGGACAUAGCCUUUUCUGACCACGGGGAGAGAAACGAUGAGUCUUCAGUUCACAGCACUAGCAGUGGUGAUAGUGAUUUAAUCAGCUUUCCAAAGACUUUUGAAGAAGUGGAGACUAGCAGGAGUUCGUCCACGUGUUCCUCAAAUAAAUGGACCUCUCCUGACUCUACCUUCAGUUGCUCUUCGUCUCCUGGUGAAACCUUGAAUAUAAUCAGUGAGGACAAGCUUUUGAAUAAACCAUCCAGCAAAAAGGGAAGGAGCUUCCUAAAGAAGAUAGAGAAGCUGCGCAUACAGAGCAGCAGUCUAAAGAGAGAACCCAAUUCAAAGACCAAACCCAUUAUCAGUGAGCCUGUUCUCUUAGAGGGAUUAACUGAAGAAAAGCUGAGAAACCUCAAUUGUGUGAAUAUUAAUGAUGUGUCCAACAGCCAGGUGAUUCCGUCCUCUUCUUACUCACCGCAGACCUGCAGUAGCAGCAGCCAGUCUGAAAACAGCAGCACUGUGAGCACCCCAAGCCCCAUUAUCAAAGCCAGAAGGCACAGUAACAGAGGAGGGACAUAUGCAGAGGGCUCCAAUGCUAGCAAGCUUUCGGUGUGGAACAGCCUCUCUGACCAUAACUUGAAAAAUGAGAUACAUUUGCAUGAAAACAAAGUAUUUCAAGUACCACAAGGCCACAAACCUGGGACAUUCCCCAAAGCACUGACUUGUAGCCUUUUGUCUCCGCUUGACAACACUGCUGUGAACUGGAGAACUGGGAGUUUUCAUGGCUGUCGGAGAAAUAGGGUUCACAUGGAUUCUCAAGACUCUGAAACACCACCUGGCUCUCUUUCAUUGAUAGAUAACAGACUGAGCAUAUAUGACAACGUACCUGGUAUUCCUGUCCAUAUUAACAAAAUGGAUGCACCAGAGACUGGAGAUGACGAUGUUUUUACAGAACUGGACAAUGUUAUGGAGCAUGUUAAUGGACUCAGGAAGUUGGUUAGUCAGUGGUCAGAAAAAUUCUCUGAUGAUGGGGACUGGGACUCUGCCAGUCACUCCAAUCAGUCCACCUCUCCGUGUCCAUCGUCCCCUAAGGUUAUCCAUCUUGAGAUUAAAAAGCAUUUAGAGGAGAAAUUGGCCCAACCAUCUGUCACUGAUGGGGAAGACAGCUGCAAGAGUACCAGUGAGCAUGGUCUUGCAGAACUGGCAUAUGUAACAGAGUCAAGGAUUGGAUUGACACCAGCACAUUCCAUCAGACCAGUGGGAAGAUGGUCUACUGAAGAAGGCAUGACUUUGGAAAAUCUUUCUGUACAGAUUGAUAGCCAGUCAGCAGCCCAACUAAACCGAAUACAGAAACUUGCUUUGUUAAAACUGACUUCUUUAAUGGACAGAUACACUCCUUCCAGCAAGCAGGGAUGGAACUGGACUGUUCCAAAAUUCAUUAGAAAAAUAAAAGCCCCUGAUUAUAAGGACAAAAAUGUAUUUGGAGUACCACUAUUGUUAAAUGUCCAGAGGACAAGUCAUCCACUUCCAAGGAGCAUACUCCAAGCCAUGGACUUCUUAAAAGACAAUUUUCUUGACCAGGUUGGCCUUUUCAGAAAAUCUGGUGUUAAAUCUAGGAUCCUCACCUUACGUGAAAUGAAUGAAAAUGAGCCACACAAUGUAACUUAUGAGGGACAGUCAGCAUUUGAUGUGGCAGAUAUGGUGAAACAGUAUUUCCGAGAUCUUCCAGAACCUAUAUUCACCAGCAAGCUCUGUGAAUCCUUCCUUCACAUCUACCAAUAUGUGCCAAAAGAUCAGCAAUUUUGUGCUGCCCAGGCUGCUACUAUUCUGCUUCCAGAUGAAAACCGUGAAGCUUUGAAAAUUCUGCUCUUCUUUCUCAGGGAUGUAGUAGCUUUUGUUGAAGAAAACCAAAUGACACCAACCAAUCUUGCUGUCUGCCUUGCACCAUCUUUGUUUCACCUUAAUACCCUGAGAAGAGAAAGUUCCUCAUCAUCCAGAUCCAGCCAAAGAAAACAUAGCACCGGGAGACCUGACCAGAGAGAUCUCAGUGAGAAUUUAGCUGCAACACAAGGCCUGGCUCACAUGAUAAUAGAGUGCCACAGACUCUUUCAGAUACCUGACUAUUGCUUUGAUGAGGCUGAUGAAGAUUUCCAUAAUCUAAACAUCUCAACUGAAACGAAUCAGAACAUCCUAAUAAACCAUUCUAGCACAGUGAUCUCCCUGGAACACUCCAUGCAGGAUUUGCUCCGAGAUGCCAAGGAGAAAUUCAAGAAUUGGGUUGUUUGUUCCAUCAUAGAAGGUGUAGACUCUGGUUAUAAAAAGGUGGAAGAUAACUCUUAUCUCCGUUUAUGGAGAGCCUCUGUUGAAAUCGAUGCCACCCCUAAAGCAGUUCUACACCGUGUUCUGAUGGAACAGCACUUGUGGGAUCCAAGUCUUCAGCAUUCAAAGAUUCUAGAGGUCUUGGAUGAUGAUACAGACAUCUACCAUUACACAACAGAGAGCAUGCCUCCACUUCCUCCCCGAGACCACGUGAUUCUAAGGACUUGGCGAACUGAUCCCCAAAGUGGGACUUGUGUGUUAGCAGCUACCUCAACAGACAGUCAAGGUGCUAAAGUGAACGGGAUCCUAGCUAAGGUCUUACUGUGUCAGUAUCUUAUAGAAACAGUUGGCUCCCAUAAAUCCAAAGUGACACACAUCUGUCGAAUAGAUAAAAGGGGCCAGACACUUGAAUGGUACAACAGGAAUUUUGGUCACAUUUGUUCUGCAGAACUAACGAGGAUUAAAGAGUCCUUUAAAACAUCACAGUGACUUUCUGGCUUUGGAAGAGAAGGCAAUGAAUGCCACCCAAAACCAUUUUUACCCUCCAGAAUCUGAGUUAGUUGAAUACCUUGUAUUUUGACCAGUUAAGAGUUCUACAUAUAACUUGAACGUUACUAGCAUUUUUUCUUCCCUUGAAGCAUGCUCUUAAACUGGUGAACACUAUGCACCAUUUUUAGAUAGUUUUAUAUAAAAGUUUUAUAUGAUGAACAGAUUACCUAUCAAAGUUAAAUUAUUUUAAAAACAUCUUAAUGUAUUCUAAAUAUAUUUUAAUUUGUAAAAUGUGGGACGUAUUUUUCAGAUGUUACAAUAAGUCGCUAAAGCUAGCUAGAAGCAAUCCAGCUGUUCAGCUGGUUUUAUGAUUUUAGCAUUAUCUGUUUGCAAUUAAUGACACUCGGACAGGCAGCCCUGCUGCACCAGUAUAAAGGUGAACGAAGAGUGGCUUUUACUGUCAAAAAGCUGUACACAAAAACUUAAAACUGUAUGUAGGAAUGUUUGAUCUAUUUUGUAAGCACAAUCCUGCCUCAAACUAAUGGCAAAAUGGGCACUUUAGUUCUUAAAGGUGAAUAUGAUUUUCCUUUGCUGGCUUGGUAGUUCUUAGUAGUGCUUAAAAUCAUAAGAGAACUGAGUGGUACAGUGGUGGUAGCUGCCAUACUACCUGAAGGCAACACUGUGUUGAUAUACCAUUUGAUUGUCAAUUAGAUUGCUUUAGUUUCUUAAUCAGUGUAGUACAAUAAUGGCAGCUUGUUCUAUUUGGUUUUAAUAAUUUGUAAUGUUAGGUAAAAUACUAAAAUGUUACGCAUCACUACAGCACUAAGCCUCUGUCUGCUAAACCAAACUCUGCUCUCUGCAGAUGUACCCACAAAAAAUGAAGAUUUCUGUAAGUUUUCAUUGACUUCAAUAUGACAUAGUUGCUGGGUAUUCUUUGGGGAAGGAACUAAUUUAGGUAGUUUCUCUGCACACGGCCUCAGAGCAUUCUGGUUACCAGAAGAUAGAGGUUAAAAACCCAGCAUGGGGGGUCUUUAUAUAGUGAGAGUUAAGCAUGUGAAUAAACAUUUUGUUGAGCAAACUCAGGUAGCACGCACACCAUUCAUACAGGGCAAAUCAACAGUGGCUGCUAAGCAUGUAACUGAUUUAAUGCCAAAGUUGCAGUUGUUAUACCUGCCCAAUCAUUAAUUUCAAUAUUGUUUGAACAGCAUGCUGAAUUCCGUCUUGAACUUUUUGUAUGUGUGCUACAGUUGCUUUGCAAACAAAAAGGGAAAUCAAAAAUUAAAUGACAAAUGUCACUUCACUUGAAGUUUUAGAAAGGGAAGUUUAAAUAUUACAAAUCAAAGCUCUGUAUGGGAAAAAGACCACCACCACAUCAAUAUGAACCAGUGGCUCUCCCAUUUUAAACAUUGUUUUGUUCUUAAACGUGUUUUGUUCUUAAAAUCUGUACCAUCCACUUGUAUUUGCAAAAACUUAUCUUCUGGUCAUGUAAAUAAAAAUGAGCUCAGACAAAACACCUAAUAAAGGUGAUGCAUUCAAGUGACUGUUUUAUAUUUAGUUGCAUAGGGAUAUUACUUUUUCCACUCGUUCUGCAAAAUUUAGUUUAGUGCUCUUGUGAAAACAGAGUAUGUAGCCAGAAGGAGAGAGGAUCUUCCCAAGAGGACAGUCUUCCUAUUCUUCUGUUGAGAUACAUCUACGUUUAAUGCCCCAGAGCUGCAUACCCCGCAUACCAAUUCCAUUUGGUUGGAGCAUUUUAUCAUUUUUUCUAAAUGAUCCCAGAGCAACUGACAGACAGAGAAAUUAAUAGAAUUGGCAUUUGUUUUUAUUUUUCCAAUACUGAAUCAUGACAGUUACAACAACUGAUGUAGGUAAAUUUGUAAAAAAAAAUCCCCAACACUAUUUUAAAAGGGCAGGGCAGUUACAUCUUCUGGACGGGCUUGAUCCCCAAGAUGUCGAAACAUUUGGCCAUAACUGCAGCUGUGGCCUCACACAAGAGCAUUCGCCACAUGUUUACAGUCACUAUUUUACCUAUGAGAGUGAGACAACAAAGUGGCAUAUGAUUAAGUUCAAGUCAUCAAUUCAGCAAGAAUGCAUAUCCAUAAAUCUGAAGUGAAAUUGGUCCUGCUAUAACGCUGACUUCACCCAUGGGCCUAGCACUAGCAACAACAUACUCUAUCUUGGAGAAGCAAUCACCCCCUAAAGAGAGAGAGAGUGUGUGUUUUCCUUUGGUAAGUGCAGCUGAAUUCUACCCAUCACUCCCUCCGACAUAACAUUCUGAGCAUUCUGCAAUCUUUCACAAGUUUGCAGACUACAAAAAGUGCUAGUAUACAAAAGUGCUAGUAUACAAAAGUGCUAGUAUACAAAAAAAGUGCUAGCAUGUAAACCCAAACGGUAUUCUAUUUCUAGUGAAUCUUACUGCCUCUACCCAUAUCUCAUCUCAUGCCUUUCUACCAACAGCAACUUACCAGUUUGUCUGUCCUUUUCCACACAAUAGCAAUUGUCAUAGAAUUCAGUAAAAGUCGUGGCUAGCUCAUACAGGUAAUCACAGAGGGUGUGCAGUAAGAGGUCAUCCAGGAUUUUUUGCAGAAUCUCAGGGAACCUCAAAAUGCAUUUGCCUAGCUUCCACUCUUUCUCAUGGUCUAGUAUUAUUUGUGUUGUUCUAGCUGACUUUUGCAGUGUGCCUUCAUCAAUACUGGCGAGCCGUGCUAUAGAUCUGCCAAAGAAACAAGCCUAGAGUUGCAUAUCAUACAGGUAUCCAAAGUUUUGUUCCCAAUGUUUCACACAUUUUAUAUACAGCAAGGAGGUCUUAGCAAUGUGUAUUUCUUAGCAAUGUGUAUUUUCUUUUUGUAGCCAUGUCACAGCUGAUUUAUGGUGACCCCAUGGGGUUUUCAAGGCAAGUGACAUUCAGGAGUAGUUUGCCAAUGACUGCUUCUAUGUGGGCUGAAAGAGUUCUGAGAGGACUCAAAUGUGGUAUACCCCAUAUAGUAUAUAAUGCCUGAAAAAGCCUUUAAAUUAGAAAAAUAUUCUUUUAAUGGCACAAAUGUAACCAGACAUAAGCUUGUAUCUUUAAUAAUGCCACUUGUGAAAAGAAAAAGCUGAAUUUCAGCACCACCCCUACCUAAUUCGAGUGAAGGCAUAAAGCAAAUAAGCAGCUGUAUUUCCCCGAUCAUCCAGCAUCUUAUCAAAAGAGAAGAUAUAAUCGUUGAUCCUAUUAUGGGAGAGAUCAGCAUACUUAAUACAGCCAAAGGCAACGGACGUCUGAGCUGCCUUCAGUUCCUCUGGGCUGAGAACCUUCAAGACAGAAGAAUGCACAUUAUAUUGCAACAAUGCUACAGAAAAAAAGCACAAGUAUCUGAAAAACUUUUAUGAAAAACAAGGUUUUGGACCAUUUUAAGGACUGAGUUGUUGAGGCAUACACUUUUUGUUGGGUAAAGAUCAUUUCAUCAAACGGCUACCAUGUGUCUGCAUGCCUACAGAAAAUAACUAAAAAUCAUCUGUGACAUUUUGGAGUACCAUCUACAGACAAGAGAAGAGGUGCAGUAUUCAUAGCAGCAGUAAGAAAGGGAAACAACUUCUUAGACAUACCAAGCAAACAGUGAGAGAAGAUUGCUCAUCUCGUACAAAAUUGUCAGACUGUACCUUUUGUCUUUUAUUGCCUUUUUAAAACACUGCUUACAUUUAUUUCUGUUAAGCCAAUGUAUUUAUGAUAUGGAAACUGGGGAUUUACUUCAUGUAGACUUGCAAAAGCUUAUGCCAGUGUGGUGUAGUGGUUAAGAGCAGCAGACUCUAAUCUGGAGAACUGGGUUUGAUUCCCCACUCCUUCACAUGAGCAGUAGAGUCUUUAAGGUUGCCAACCAUGUGUAGAAACAUUUUCUGGAUCUUUAAUAAAGGCUUAAUGGGACUGUU